GCGCAGCGGCAGCGGGACCUGAAAGAACCCAGCCGACCCGCAUGACUGCUCAAGCACCGACAAUAUCGUGUUGUCGUCGAUGCAGGUUGAGUGCAAGAGAGCUAAGGAAACAAGGACGGUCCAGGACCACAUGCGCGGCGAUGUUUGCUGUUGUACGAGAUAUUGGCUGGGCUCGCCCUCCCGGAACGCGCCACAUGGGCUGAUACUACGUGGAGAGGGGCCAUUAACGUUUUUUUAAAAAAAUAUUUCCGAGGGGAUCGGAGUGAUGGAAACCAGGCAAGAAUGAGCAGUGCAGACCUAUCUGGGCUAUCAAAUUGAAAAUACUUUCCCUACAUCAAAUGUUGUAUAGACAUAAACAGAUUAUUGUGGGUACAUAAUCUGUUGGAUCAUGUACAUUAUUUCACUAUAUCUUAACUGUUGAAAACAAUGGCGACCUUUCAUCUGUGGAAAUUAUCUUCACAAAAACUAGGGUUCUUUCUGGUAGCAUUUGGAUUCAUAUGGGGAAUGAUGCUUCUGCACUUUACGAUUCAACAACAGACGCAGCAUGAAAGUAGUGCUGUGCUUCGUGAGCAGAUUCUGGACCUUAGUAAGCGAUAUAUCAAAGCAUUGGCAGAAGAAAACCAAAAUGUAGCAGAUGGACCAUACGUUGGCACAAUGACUGCAUAUGAUUUGAAGAAGACAUUAGCUGUCCUCCUUGACAACAUUUUGCAGCGACUUGGAAAACUGGAGUCCAAAGUGGACAACUUAAUGAUUUCAAAUGGAACAGGAAUAAACUCUACAAAUGCUACUUCUACAGUAAUCCCCAGCUCCAACCCUGCAGAGAAAGUUAAUGUAGCGGGAUCCAUGAAGUUGAUGCUGCCUUGCCUCACUUCUAUAUAUUCUGUGACCAUCUCCUGGGUAAAUACAGAUCUAAUCAAUGGUGCCCAGGAGCAGUGUGAAUUGCCUCCUAUGGAUGGCUUCCCUCAUUGUGAGAGCAAAUUGAAGUGGAUGAAAACGAUGUGGCGAUCAGAUCCCUGCUAUGCCAGCUACGGUGUGGAUGGAUCCAUAUGUUCAUUUUUUAUUUACCUCAGUGAGGUUGAAAACUGGUGUCCUGUUCUACCAUGGAGAGCGAAGAGUGAUCGGGAAGAUACUGAUCAAAAGACCGUGGCUGAAAUUCGAACUGAUUUUAAUUAUCUCUUUAAAAUUAUGUCGGCUCAUGAUGAAUUUCGAUGGAUGCGGUUGAGGAUAAAUCGAAUGGCAAGUGCUUGGAUUGAAGCAGUAAAAUCACUUGCAGAGAAACAAAAUUUGGAAAACAACCGUAAAAAGAUUCUUAUUCAUCUGGGACUUUUAACAAAGGAAUCGGGAUUUAAAAUAGCGGAGAAUGCUUUCAGUGGUGGCCCUCUAGGUGAAUUAGUACAGUGGAGCGAUUUGAUUACAACUCUUUACCUGUUGGGCCAUGAUAUUCGGAUUUCUGCUUCAAUAGCUGAACUAAAAGAGAUAAUGAAGAAAGUGAUGGGUAACAGAUCGGGUUGCCCAACUCGUGGUGAUAAGAUAGUAGAACUAAUUUAUAUCGACAUUGUUGGAUUAACACAAUUUAAAAAGACACUUGGGCCAUCUUGGGUUCAUUAUCAAUGCAUGCUUAGAGUGCUGGAUUCCUUUGGUACAGAGCCAGAAUUUAAUAGUGCUCAAUAUGCUCAGUCUAAGGGUCACAAGACACCAUGGGGUAAAUGGAACCUUAACCCACAACAGUUCUACACCAUGUUUCCUCAUACACCAGACAACAGUUUCCUCGGAUUUGUGGUUGAACAAUAUCUCAAUGCCAGUGAGAUCAGUCAUCCAGAUGAUAUCAAAAGACAGAAUCAGUCCUUAGUGUAUGGCAAAGUAGAUCACUUUUGGAAGGAUAAAAGAUCUUACUUGGAUAUAAUUCACACAUACACAAAAGUCCAUGGCACAGUUCAUGGAAGUAGCACAGUCCACAUUCCUAAUUACGUGAAAAACCAUGGAAUUCUCAGUGGGCAUGACCUUCAGCUUCUUCUACGAGAAACUAAGUUAUUUGUUGGUCUUGGUUUUCCAUAUGAAGGACCAGCUCCUUUGGAAGCCAUUGCAAAUGGAUGUGCAUUCCUAAAUCCACGCUUCAAUCCACCUAAAAGCAGUAAAAACACUGAAUUUUUCAAAGGAAAGCCAACUCUGAGAGAGUUGACUUCACAACAUCCAUAUGCAGAAGUAUAUAUUGGGAAACCUCAUGUGUGGACUGUUAACAUUGAUGAUCCUGUAGAGGUUGAGCAAGCCGUGAAGGCUAUUCUUAAUCAGAAGAUUGAGCCAUAUUUGCCCUACGAAUUUAACUGUGAAGGAAUGUUGCAGAGAGUCAGUGCUUUUAUUGAAAAUCAGGAUUUUUGCCAUGGUCAAGUGAUGUGGCCUUCUUUGAGUGCACUCCAAGUUAAAAUUGCACCUCCCAAGCAGUCCUGUAAGCAGAUCUGUCAAGAGAAUAAGCUAAUUUGUGAACCAUCAUUUUUUCAACAUCUGAAUAAAGACAGCGACUUGCAAAAAUAUGGAAUUGAAUGCCAGUCAUUUGAAUCUCUAAGUGACAUUGUUGUGCCAGCUUAUGACGAAAAGAAGAAACACUGUUUUUUCCAGAGUGAUUUGUUGCUUUUCAGCUGUGCUGGUUCAAAUGAAAAAUUUGAAAGGAUCUGUCCAUGCAGAGACUAUAUGAAGGGACAGGUUGCAUUAUGUCAAGAAUGCUUAUAGCACUUGUUCAUCCCUACAAUGUAGUUUGAGCAAAAAAAUAAAACAGGCUUCAUAAGGGCCAAACAUUGUUAAUUUUUGAAAGAGCCCUUUGAAAAAGACACCAAGGGAAAAUGUUUGAAUCAAGAGCACUGGUUCACUUGAAAAGAAUAGAUGUUGUUCAUUUGGGCUAGGUCAGUGUUAAUCAUGAAAACAGAUCUACCCAAUGGAAAAAGUAAUGUUUUUUUUAAGUUUCACAUUUAUAAAAGUCAUUUUUGAUGAGGGUGUAUAGAUAUAAAUGAAAGAUGCACUACUAAAUAUUCUAAAUUCAGAAAAUAAUGUUAUAAAAUAUGAAAAGUUUUGGUCAGCUAAAUAAACUGUAAAUAAUGGUGGACAACUGAGCGUGUUGUAAGGGGCUGCUUAUUAAAUUUUGGUUUACUUUUAAUUCAGGUGAAAUAAACAAAAUCCCAACAGAAUGGCUUAAUAUCAAUUUAGAAGUAAUCCAGUAGUGGUUCAGUAUCAUCGUACCAGAUAAAAGAAACCUGAUGGUCAUUAUUUCAAAUUUAAUUGCCUCUCUUAGUCAUGGACACUGUAGUCAGUUAUGUAAAGGACCAUAUGUUGAUAUUGCUAACAGUAAUAACUUUAAGAUAUAGAAUGUUACUUAUUUUAAAUCAUACUCUAAGCAUUUAUAUGAUUUUUAAACAAAACUGAACUACUGGAAGAGCUGGAGAGAAUUCAGAAAGCUUUGUUACAUGGUGAUUAUUACUUUUAGCUUUAUUAUUCAUCAUUUAAAAUGCUAGCAGCUUUUUGAAGCAACUGAUCCAAAGUGUCAACUGAUCUUAAGCAGAUGUAUUUAAGGCCACAAAUAAGUUGGCUAAAUGGGCAUUUUAGGUAGUAACCUGCUGUUUGAGAAAUGGUUUCUAUUGUAAAUUGUACAUAAACACCCUGAUGUAAAAUGUUUUUUUUAAGCUCCUAUAAUCAUAAGUUUACCAUAAAAAAUGAAAUAGAAUUUCAUAUAUUUGCACUUUCUUUUCAGGCUCAGGUGUAUACACACAUAUUAUACGCAGUGCAUUGAAAUAUUUUUGUCAUGCAAUCAGUAGCAAAUGGUCUGGGGGGGGGGGUGUACUACAAAUCUUUAAUGCAAUCACAAUCAUUUCUCUAUAAAUUUAUUUAAUUAAAUAAAAAUGUUUGAUCAGAUGAUCUGGUCAUAUUUAACCCAUCAUUUCAAAAGUGACAGAAAAUUAAAGCUGAAAUUUCACUGCACAGCUAAAAUCUGGCUUUCUUUUCAGUUGUAAUUAGUGAUAGUGGUUGGAAAUCAUUGUCAACUAUCAGAGCUUGGAACUGGCUACUGGUUCAUGUCAGUUAUAUUGUAAACCAUUUAAAAUAUCAACCCACGAAAAGAUGGGAUGAACCUUCGAGAACAUUUGACAUACUAUUUGUAUAUUUUCAUUUUUACUUAAUUCAACACAGAUGGCAGUACCCCUGCAUAUUAACACAGAUCAGAAUGAUGUAUAAUGUUUGAUCAAGGUGAGAAUACAGGAAAGAUCAAAAAUAACUCUGGCUUUUGAAAAAUAAAAAAAUCAGUGACGUACAGUUAAUCUACAGCAGCUAAGACUCAUAACAGCAGAUUUAUCCAAACAAGUUUGCACACUUGUAAAUAAAGUUUUUUUUUAGGUACUCUAACUUGCUUUCUUUGCUUUGUGUUGUAAAUAUUAAUUGUUUCUGUGGCUGUGAUGCCAUGUAAUGUAUAUCAUGUGCCUUUUAAGGGUAAUAAAGUUGCUUUAACUUGUAAUAAAAAUAUACUUUAAUGGCAGUCAUAAAUUAGAUUGUGCAUAGUGUUGUUAAGUGAGGAAAUAAUUUUCCUGUAUAUUUUGGCAAAUGGCAUAUAUUGAAAUGUGUGCUUUGAAAGCUAAAUUUGCAAGCAUAGAAAUUGUUUCCAGUUUUGAUCAGCAGGGAAAAAAGACUUUAUUUUUCAAUAAAUCUUUUCUGUGAAGAGAAUUUCAUCCA